AUGGAUCCCGAAACCAGCCAGGCCCUAGCUACUCGCAUAUCGCGCAUUCUGCAGAACGUAAUCGAAAUCAGCGAAAAAAGCCUUCCCCGUCUAGCAGCGAGAGAGUUAGAUUCGGUCUACGCAGACUACGCGACCAGAUCCCAACCUGUGACAUUUCUACAAUUCAUUCAGCACAUCUGGGAUGCAUUCAUGCGUGUUGCAGGGCAGUUAGAUCGCAAUGGAGAUGGACACCGAAAGCUAGCUAGAAUAAUCCGGUGGCUAGAAAAGCUGCCCAACAGGCCAUUCCCAGAUGACUAUGAUGAAAGCGACGAGAUUCUAUAUGGGUAUGAUCUAGGAACAACCGGACUUUGGGACGCUUUCACGCGGGCUGAGCCGCCCAUCCCAUUGAGCUUCGAAGGGCAGGCUACCGAAGGAGCGACGGUUCAAAAAGAGGAUGGCGGCCCAGAAUUUGUCUCUAAUGAUCCACUUGACAUUGAGCAACUCGACAUGAAAGUUGCAGUUGCGGCCAUCUGGGUUCAGCAUGCAGGUCAUGUACUCUGGCGCCACAAUCCACGCUACACCAUUGGAGAAGGUGGCCCCCUCUGGAAAGAGUUUUAUGAACGCCUAUCUAAGGAGGAUCCUAAUUACCUAUCCUUGUACCGUGAGCGUUGGGGUGUCUGGGUGUUACAGUUCGGGGAAAUUUCAGAGAACAGUGAUGUUGCCGAGGAGACUCGUGACAUCGCAGGAGAGGAAGAACCCGUCCGUUUCCAGCGGGUGGUAGAAACCGCACCCACUAGUCGGCAACAAGCGGCUUUGCCAAUAUUUUGA